AUCUGACGUUAACACACAAAUAUUCCAAAGAAACAAAAUCACAAAAAUGGACCUAAUGUGCAAUGAGGGUCCCAAGUACCAUGAUCCAACCCAUACGGAGGGGAAACCCGAUUCCAAGACCGCCAUCAGCAACACGAUUCCAAUCACCCAAAUACCCAGCCUCACCAAAGACCUGGCACUGUGCAACAAGCCGCUCUGCGAUGAUGCGGACAUGCAAUGCAUCAUCGACCUGAUCAGCGCCACCGUCUGCGAGGCGGUGACCAUCAUUGAGUCGGACCCGCGAGGUCUCUUCUGCUACAAGAUGCCUACCAAGACGUUUACCGGGGUCAGUAUUUCCUCCGGCUUGCCCUCCACCGUUGUGAUCGGGGGCGUGGCCGGGGCCGAGCAGGACCCAUCCACUGUCCAGCGAAAUGCGCCCUACGUGUCUGCGGACUCGGGAUCUAGCGGCCUGGUGCGACACGCUCUGACCAUCGGCAAUUUCGAGUACGCCAAUGCCAUUUCCGAUGUCCGGGACUUCAUCAGCCGAUGGGAACUGUCGCCGGACACCAAGUGCGUGGUCAUCAGCAACGCUAAUAACCACGUUGUCCCCAUCAAGGGCACCAUCUACUUCAUUGACGCCCACUUCUCCCGGCCGACACCCCGCUGCCCGAAUCCUCUGGCCGUCGCCAAGGUGCGGUUCAUCGUCACCGUGUCCAAGCUGUUGCUGCCCUGCUAUCCUGUGAUGAUCACCUAUCGCUUCGAAGGCUACAACACCCUGUACUAUGCUGUGGGAGAACGGUCCCUCAAUUCGUUUACCUUCCAGCGGUUCUACAUCGACACCAUCUUGCACACCAAACUGAGCUUCUUCGCGGCGGUGGCCGAGUGCCGUCAUGGCACCGUGGACCACCCCAAGGACAAUGUCAAGUCAAGAAAAUCAAAAAAGCCCUCAGAAAAGAAGUAGUUCCGUUUUCCACUCGAGUUUAUGAUGUUUUUCCCUCUUGAGUUACUCACUGUAAAGC